GCCUCUGUUUGUGGUGCUUCUGUUGGUGGUGCCUCUGUUGGUGGUGUCUCUGUUGGUGGUGAUUCUGCUGGUGGUGCUGGUGGUGCGUCUGUUGGUGGUGUGUCUGCUUCUGCAUCUGCAUCUGCUUCUGCUUCCUCUUCUGCUACUACAACUAAUGCGCAAUUGAUUACACCUCCAUUUAAAUCAAUUGCUGCAAUGAUUGAGGAAGCACAAGCAGCUGCAGAUGCGUACAUUGAUCCCGUUCCUGAAGCAACUAAAAUCAUUGAAGCGAUGACUGUUACCCCAAAGUCAAUCGCUUCAAUGAUUGCUGAAGCUCAAGCCGCCGCAGACGCAUAUGAGGACCCUACCGAGGAGGAUGCCGGUACUGUUGAAACUGGUUCGAGAGCUGGCCACAAGACCAAGACUGGACCUGCCUCUUCUUCCAAGUCAUCUGUUCCAUUCAUGAAGAAGACGGCAGGUCCACGCAUCAGAAAGGCCGCCUCAUCUGCCCGCUCUCGAACCUUUAUGGAGCGCUACAGACUCUUUAAGGGUAGGCCAUUAGAAAUCAUGCCUGCCCUUCAAGAACUUCCUGAGCCUGUAGUGCUCCCUCUGGCUCCUCCUCCUAGCCCUGCAACUUCCUCUUUGCCUGUCAAGACCAUCAGGCGUAAGAGGAAGUUGCAUAACCAAAAGGUUGUCCUUCCUCCUCCCUCUGGCCCCCAGCAGAAUCUGGUCUUUGAAGAGGCGGGAGGCCUCUCUUAUGCAAACUAUCUUGAUCCUCAGGGCAGUGGAUCCACUUCUUCCUCGUCUAUUGUCCUGGGGAUCAAGAAAAGAAAGGUCUCCCCCUCUUCUGUCUUGUCGGUGUCUCCACUUGCACCGGCAAGACUGGUCUCUCCUCUCCGACCAACGUCUUCUUCGCCUCCUCCAUCAAGAGCUCCUUCCCCUUCUCCUUCGGUUUCUGGCUCCCAGGUGAUGGACUCCCUACAAGAUGAAGCUGAAGAAUACUUUUCAGCCGAUGAUGGGAGUUCAUCGCCUUACUAUACGGCAAGUGAAGGGUCGCCAGAACCGGAGGGCGAGCCAAAAAUGGGGUUUUGGAGCUCUCUGGUGGAGUACUUUGUUGGUCGGGAGGAGUAGACC